GUGCUGUGCUCGCCUGCUGCGGACGCUUGUGUUUGUUUGCUGACUGAAGUGUUGUUCUGUCUGCACCGCGGCAAGGAAAAUCACUUCCUAUCAAAGCUCCAACUGUGUGCGGUCCAGCAACUGAAAACAGAGCAGGAAACAGGAGAGGGAGUCUGAAAGUGUGAGGAGAAACAGUUUGGGGUUCUACUGCAGAUCUGUGAAGAUGCAAUGCCAAGAGUUCACGCUCUAACGGAUGCCACUCACCUGUAGUACAUCCUAAAGCCAUCACAACAGAGGACAGGACAGUCUGAUUGCCGACUUCAUAAGCUGCAUGGGGGUUCUAGUGUGUUGUGACUGCUUCUUUUACAGGAAAUCCAAAACGAAGCCCAAUGGAAAGAAAGCACCCGCUGAAGAGAAGAAGCAUUACUUGGAGCCAGAGUACACAAAAGUACGGGUCAUGGACUUCGACCUGAAAGAUUUGGUGGCGCUUCCCACCAAAGAGAUAGACCUCAACGAAUGGCUCGCCAGCAACACAACAACCUUCUUCAAUCUCAUAAAUCUGCAGUAUAGCACAAUCUCAGAGUUUUGCACUGGGGACACAUGUCAAGCCAUGACGGCCUGUAAUACAAUAUACUACUGGUAUGAUGAAAGGGGGAAGAAGACGAAGUGCACUGCGCCUCAGUAUAUCGACCUUGUUAUGACUUUCGUGCAGAAAUUAGUGACGGAUGAAGAAAUCUUUCCCACAAAAUAUGGCAAAGACUUUCCCAACUCGUUCGAGUCUCUGGUGAAGAAGGUCUGUCGGUAUCUGUUCCACGUGUUGGCGCACAUUUACUGGGCGCACUUUAAAGAGACGGUGGCUCUGGAGCUGCAGGGACACUUGAACACACUGUACGCACAUUUCAUCGUCUUCGUCAGGGAAUUCAACCUGAUCGACCCCAAGGAGACCUGCAUCAUGGACGACCUGUCGGAGGUGCUGUGCGCCCCCCUGCCCCCCCAUUCACACAAUCAUGUGACCGAGAGAUGAGCUGACAGCAGAUCUGACAGAACUCCUCGGAGGAAGAACAAAGGAGGAAGAUGACAAAAAAGUGAGAGGCCUCCUUGGACGGGCCCCUCCAUCACUUUUCCCUCACCGUCUUAAUGUGAACUGAUCAAAAGGUGGGGACGGGGGCCAGUGGUCUGCAGUCCUUAUACCAGCACAGAUUGGUGUGAAUGUUUCCUACAGGACAAACGAUCUGUCAACAUUAUCAUUCAUAUAGGAUCAUUUUAUAUUUUAAUUUGCUUUUGUAUUAUUAUUUUUGCGCAUGCGCUCUUGGAGGUUUUUAUGUUUUGUUUUCUUUUAGGGAAUGGUUUUUCAGCUCAGCUCUCAUCAGUGCCUUAGAUGUAUAGCUAAGGUAUUGUCUGUUUAUAUGCAACACUGUUUAGAAAAUUAUCAUUGACCUCUGGCUCCCCCUUGUGGAGGGAGUGAAGUCAUGUACCGACUGACUGUUUAUGAUCUCUGCAGCCUUAUUUCACAUAAAACUGUACCGGAGCCUCUCUCUUUCAUAUUCCAGCCAUCAUUCAUUAUUCAAAAUGUACUCUUUAGCCUUUCAAGAUUAUGUAAAAAGGGUAUGAUGGUUUGAAUGAUGCUCUAGACUAGAGGAAGUCUGGACUUGCUUUGUAGGUUUCUGACAAGGAUACUAGCGAUAUCGCGUGUCUGCUCGCUCAGAGAGUUGAUGCAGACAGGGACAAAUAAUCGUUGCAUGGCAGUUGACUUGCUGUGUUGUAUUGAUGAGAGAGCACAUCCUCCAGUGUCGCAACCAUUAUUUUUAGUUCCACUUUUUAUCUUUUUCUUUUUCUAAAUUAUCAGGUCAUGAAUAUUGUGGCAGCCCAUAUGUGUAGAAAAUGCACAUUAAGUUUUUUUUGUCUCCCAAGAAAUAGAUUGUAACUAUAUAUAUAUAAAAAUCACAAUAAUUGCCUUUAGCAAGAGAGCAUCUCUCCUUCUUAUUUAUUUUUUACUUUUUUAUCUAUUUGCAGAGUUUUUCCGUUCUUGCUUUCUUUUUAUGUAUUUUAAUUAUCUAAGUUAAAAGCCACUUAAUAUUUUAAGCUCUGCGAAACAUAAUCAAAUAAAAACAAGAAAUGCCACAUUA